AUGAACAUUCAAAACCUUUCCAGCUACGACCCCUUCGCGGACACGGGCGAAGAGGAGCACCGUGCCGAUCAGAAGGCCGCCACCGAGGCUGAGAAGAAGCCAAAGCAGCAAUCUGCUCAAAACUACAUCCACAUCCGUAUUCAGCAGCGCAACGGCCGCAAGACGCUGACGACGCUUCAGGGCCUCCCCAAGGAGUAUGACCAGAAGAAGAUCUUGAAGGCGUUCAAGAAGGAGUUCGCAUGCAACGGCACCAUUGUUGAAGACGAGGAGCUCGGCCACGUCAUCCAGCUUCAGGGCGACCAAAGGCAGAAGAUCAGUGCCUUCUUGAUUGAGGAGGGCAUUAACAAGACCGACGUCAAGGUCCACGGUUUCUAA